AUGAGCAGCAGCAGCAAAGUUUCCACCCGUAGAGGACCAUCUGCAACAGAGCAAGAUGACGGCAGCAACGAGCUCGGCGCUACCGUUGCCAAUUACAUGAAGGACCACUUACGACGAGGGAGUCCAGUCUACAACACGAUCCUCCAGGCGACCCAAUGGCAGCGAGACAACUACCUCAUGGGACAACAGUAUGCCGAUAAACGACAGCGGGAACGUGAAAUACGACCCAAUAGAGUCUUUCUUCCUCGCAUCGGUUAUGGUGUCAGGGUAGAUCCCAACGGGAUGGGUCUAGUGCAGUUGUCCAAUUUGGGAGCCUCCUUCAUCCCCUCUCCCACGGUCAAACAAGCCCUCAUGCCCAUUGUCUUGCAACAACCCACCACGUCGCUCUACCAACCUGCCUUGAGGGGUAUGGUCUCUCUGAUUGAUUCGCAACAAGCCAAUGCGGACAUGCUAGUUCGACAAAGUGUACUGGAUAUACUGGAACAAGAGCGACUCAAGAAAUUGGUCAUGCAGUCCACAAAGGGGUAUAUCGCUGAUAACAGUACUGGUAGUAGUAGUAGUAGUAGUACUGUGACCGAGCAAGAAUCAGUCAGAUGA